GCCGCGCGGCACCACGUGCCGCGGCCGCCAUGGCGCGGGCCUUCGUGGUGCUGGCGCUGGGCGGGACGGAUCCGCCGGGUCCCGCCGCCCCGGGACGGGCCCCCUGCCGCCUCCUGUACGCCCGCUCCUUCGGGGACCCCCCCGGGGACCCCUCCGACUCCGGGGACACCGCCAGGCAGCGCUUGCGCCGCAAGGAGCAGCUGCUGGCCCUGGCCAGGCAGGUGGCCUCGCAGUGCCGGCUCCUCCAGGCGUCCUCGGGGCGCCUACCGUCCCCCCAGCUCCCGCAGCGCCUGGAGGAGCCGAUCUCACUCCAAGAUGCUCCAGGGGGGCUUUUCCAGCUGCGCCCAGGGGACCCCUUUCCGGAGCGGGUGACAAUAGCCUGGAUCUCCGUCUUAUCCCUCGCCUUUGCCUUGGUUUGUGACCCCCGGGAGAACCUCUCGCUGGCCGAGAUCACCCUGCGCCGCCUCACGCCCCGUUUCCUCGCUUCCCUCCGUCUCCUUGGCUCCGGAACCGACAUUCUGCUCCGACCGGAGGUUGCUGACCGCCUCCUGGAUCGUCUCCUGCCCCACGGCCGCUUGCUUUUCCUCAACGAGUGCUUUCUCCAGGCGCUGGAUCGGGAGAUGGGCCUCAAAGCAGCCCGCUGAGCCCUGCCCGGCGUUCCCGGGUGUGGGAUCCAGGUUGGGUUGGGUUGGGUUGGAAGAGACAUUGGAGGUCCUGGAGUGCAACCAUCCCACACUGAAACCGUUUCUGAGUUCAUCAUCUGCCCGGCUUUUGAACCCCUCCAGAGACGGGGGUUCCACCACCGCCCCCCUGCUUCUGCCAGGGUUUCACCGCUCUCUCCAUGAAGGAAUUCUUCACAAUAUCCCACCUAAUCCGCCCCUGGCACAACUUGGAAGUGUUUCCUCCCAUCCCUGGUUCCUGGGGAGCAGAGCUCGGACCCUCCUUGUCUCCAACCUCCUUUCCAGGAGCUGCGCAGAGCCAGGAGGUCUCCCCUCUUCUCCAGGCUCGACAGCCCCAGGUCCCUCAGCCGCUCCCACAACCCCUGUUCUCCAGACCCUUCCCAGCUCCAUUCCCUUCUCCAGAUGCGCUCCAGCCCCUCCAGGGCGUUUUUGGAGUGAGGGGCCCAGAACAGAGCCCAAGAUUCUAUGGGUGGCCUCAGGAUUCCAUGGGGACAAUCCUGUCCCUGCUCCUGCUGGUCACUCUAUGGCUGAUCCAAGCCCGGUGCCGGUGGCCACCUGGGCCACUGCUGGAUCAUGUUCAGCUGCUGUUGACCAAACCCUGAGGUCCUUCUCCUCCAGGCAGCUUUCCAGCCGCUCUUCCCCAAGCCUGGAGCUGCUCCGGGUUGUUGUGUCCCAAGUGCCAGACCCGGCCCUGAGCCUGCUUGAACCUCCUGUUGGCUUUGGCCCACGGAUCCAGCCUGGCCAGAUCCCUCUGGAGAUCCUCCUGCCCUCCAUCCAUGGAUCCAGCCUGGCCAGAUCCCUAUGGAGAUCCUCCUGCCCUCCAGCCGUGGAUCCAGCCUGGCCAGAUCGCUCUGGAGAUCCUCCUGCCCUCCAUCCAUGGAUCCAGCCUGGCCAGAUCCCUAUGGAGAUCCUCCUGCCCUCCAGCCAUGGAUCCAGCCUGGCCAGAUCACUCUGGAGAUCCUCCUGCCCUCCAGCCAUGGAUCCAGCCUGGCCAGAUCGCUCUGGAGAUCCUCCUGCCCUCCAUCCAUGGAUCCAGCCUGGCCUGAUCCCUCUGGAGAUCCUCCAUCCAUGGAUCCAGCCUGGCCAGAUCCCUCUGGAGAUCCUCUAUCCAUGGAUCCAGCCUGGCCAGAUCCUCCCUUGCCCUGCAAACUCGCUGAGAGAUCACUCAAUCCCAUCUCUCAGAUCAUGGAUCAGGAUCUGGCACGGAAGUUGUUGGAUCUCCAAGCCGUAAUGGGAUGGACAGGAAAAACGGCUCAGGAAUCAAAAGCCAGGAGCAAUUUUUAAUCCAUUUCUCCCCACAGUUCUGUCAUGGAGGGGUUGGGGAUUUAGUGCUUCCGCAGGGUGUAAAUGGGCAUUAAAUGGGUUCUCCCUGUGGGAUUUGCGAGCAGGAGCAGGGAUGGGUGCCAAGAGGCUCCGUCUGCUCCACAUGAGGGACCUCGGGAUGGGGUCUCCCUGUCCGUGUGCUUUGGAGCAGGCGGUGGGGGGGUCUGUGGUCCCCUCAGCUGUGGGAUGGGAUGCUAGAAGAUGGGAGAUCCAUCCCAUCAGGAUAAGAGGGGGCCGCGGGGCAGCUGGGGGUGCGCAUCCUGAGAGCCGGGAAUUGGGGUGCUGGGAUGGCCAGAAGAACCAGGAAUCGGGUGCCAAGGCUAGCCAGGAGAGCUGGGAAUCAGGGUGCUGGGAUGGCCAGGAGACCCGGGAAUUGGGGUGCUGGGGCGGCUUGGAGAGCUGGGAAUUGGGUGCCAGGAAUAGCCGGGAGAGCUGGGAAUCGGGGUGCUGGGAUGGCCAGGAGAGCUGAGAAUCAGGGGUCAGGGGAGCCAGGAAUUGGGGUGCUGGAAUGGCC